CACUAGCAAAAAUGGGUGACUGGGCUGGUGUGGUGAUAGGGUUGGUCCUGUUUGUGGUGCUUUCACCAGGGUUACUGUUCCAGCUUCCUGGCAAAGGCAGGCCUGUGGAUUUCUGCAAUUUCCAAACAAGUGGAAUAUCCAUCUUUGUUCAUUCCCUUCUCUUCUUUGGCUUCAUGGCUAUCUUCCUCAUUGCCAUUAACGUUCACAUUGGUAGUGGAUAAAUAGUCCACUAUAGUACCUUAGACUAUGUUUAGAUAAAUGAAAAAUGAAACAGAAUAUAUGAUGGAAGAAGUUUUUAGAACUCUAC